UGAAUAUGUUUUACCACCAGUUUUUGUCUGCAUCUCUAGGUGUACAAGGUGUGUAAGGUGUGAUGGCUCUGUGCUCUGAGACUUGUGUCUCGGUCUCAGGAGGGGAAACCUAUGGUAAUGAGGCAGGUUCAAGCUGUCUUCGGUUUGGGGUUCGGUCCUAUUUGCACCACUUCUAUGAGGAGUGCGCUUCCUCUAUGCGAGAGAGAGACCCAGACUCUCAAGGGUUUGUUCAGAGCCAGAGGUCAACCCUAUGGUGGAACUCAGCCAUCUGGAAGGUGUCCUUGGCCUUGGGUCUCCUGAUACUGACUGCAGGAGUUGCCAGCCUAUCAGUUUGUUACACCACUCCUCACAGAAUUGAGUCAUUUGGAGAGGGAGAAAUGUUCUUUGUAGACACACAAGCCAUCAGCUUCAACAGGGGGCUGCACCUCAGCACUGCAGCUGGGAUCUGGCUCACCUGUUUCGGCUCAGCCCUGGCAGCAAUAGGGGUUGUUGUUUGGACUCUCCCAAGGUCCAAUCUGAAAGAAAGGCUGUUCUACAGACCAGGGCCUGGGGAACAAACAAGAAAGUCUCGGUCAAACUGGUGGGGAUUCAGGAUCCCAAGGGAGGUAGUUACUGAGCCGCCAAGUACAAAAGAGGAGAAAAUACCAGUAACACUGUUGAAAGAGGAAAAUGUGCAGUUCACUUCUUAAAAGUGAUUGCUACCCAGCCAUUUCGUAUGCAGGCUUUUCUUUUGUUUUUAAGUCUUUGGACCUUAUAUAAGUGGUUUUCCGAUCAAUUAUUCUUUAAAUGGGCGUUGUUUUGUGAUAGUAUUGCGUUUAGACAAAAGACUCAGGACCGUCUCAAAGAGGUUGAAUAUUUUCAAAGAUAGAAAAGUUAAUGACUUUGAUGCCGGAAUUUACAUA